AUGGACAUGGACACCACACCAGCGCCCUACGUCGACCCCGCCACCGCCGGCCCCGGUCCAACGACCAUGCCGGCGCCCUCGCCGUCAGCCAACAUCCCCUCCUUCGAGUCGCACCCCUCUGCAGCAACCGCCGGGGGGCAAACAUCGGCACAAUCAGCACUGGGGCCCUCGACUGCAGGGACCACCCAGAGUCGACCUUGUGACAUAUGUCGUCAGCGCAAGACGCGCUGUGUCCGCGAGGAGGGCCGCGACAAGUGCGUCAUGUGCUCUUUCCACGGCCAGCCCUGCACAUAUCUCCGCGGGCCGCUCCCGCGCAAGCGCCGGAAGGCCACCGAUCCCCCGGAACAGCGCCCGUCGACCAAUGGUUCCGUCUCUGCAACCGCAGGUCCUCCACCCGCGCCCGUCCCGCUGGAUUCCCAGGAUGAGAUAACGCAUCCGUCCCCCGAACUGCUCGAGGCACUGUCACCGUCCCUCGCCGGUUCAGAACACCACGUAACUUUCAAUCAGCCCGUCUCCCUCCUCGACGGCACCCUCGGUCUACAUCUCAAGACCCAUUCCCAGUACGUCGGUAACACUGACUACCGGGAGCCUUCCCUCCUGGAUCUCCAUCGUCCUCAAGACCCGGCCGUCAGGUUCGUCCGCCGUCUCGAUGACUCAACCGUCUUUCUCAUCCACCGCGACCGCGAAACCUCUUCAGAACCCCAACGAAUAGUCGACCUCGACGCCAUAGAAAAGGUCGUCCACCCACUCGGUUCGACCCUCGUCAACCUCUACUUUCGCAUCGUCCACCCCAGCUUUCCCAUUCUUCACAAAAAGGUCUUUCUGGAAAAGUACGCCCGCUCAUAUCACGAGUUCUCCCCACCUCUUCUCGCCGCAGUCUACCUCCUGGCCCUAGACUGGUCCCUGUACGACCGCACACUAGCCGUCUCCUCAUGGCAGCCCGACCAGGCCGCCCUUGAGGCCCUUGCCCUCCGCACAAUGAGCGACGACAUGAAGCGGCCCAAGAUCUCGACCCUUCAAGCAGGCCUCCUCAUUCAACAGCGCUUCCGCAACAACACGUGGACCUUCACCGCCCAGCUCAUCGCUCUCGCCCAGGGGCUCGGCCUCCACGUUGACUGCAGCGACUGGGCGAUCCCGGACUGGGAAAAGGGCCUGCGCCGCCGCCUUGCCUGGGCCCUCUUCAUGCAGGACAAAUGGGGCUCUCUCGUCCAUGGCCGGCCCUCGCACAUCCGCCUCGACGAGGACUGGGACGUCCGCCCCUGCUGCAUCGAGGACUUUCCCGAAAACGCCGCCGACGAGGAGCACGAUCCGGAGGGCAGCGCAGAGGUCGUCGUCGGCCGCGAGCUGUUUUUGCGGCAGAUUGAGCUGUCUCUGAUUCUGAGCGACGUGCUCGGCACGUUUUACACGGCCAAGGCCACCCGCCGCGGCGGGACGCUCGACCAGGUCGGCACUGUGGGCGUCGCUGAGCUCGCGAAGCCCAUCGUCAUGAUGCUCCGCGAGUGGUACGCCAAACUCCCCGAAGCCCUCCAGCUCCAGGAGACACGUCCCAAGAAGCUCUCUGCAAACGGCUCUCUACAUCUCUCCUACAUCUCAAUAGACCUAGCCCUUCACCGCUCCCUAGUCCGCAACAUUUCCUCCAAUGCGCCGCCUGAGCUCCGCCUCGCGAUCCGCGCGGGCGCGCGGGCCCGCCUCGCCGCCGCCUUCAACAUGAUUUCCAACUUGCAGAUGGAACAUAUCCAGUCCUUUUGGGGCUUCGCCGCCUCCGCUCAGCUCGCGGCCAUCGGCUCGUUUGCCGGCCUGCUGUGGGCCACCUCAGACGACGACGCCGAGGCUAUGUACUACGCGGACCGCGUCGAGGAGUACCUCUGGAGCCUGAGGGUCAGGGCGCAGGCGGCGCCUUUCGCGAGGGAGGCGCUGCGGAUGCUCGAGGCUGAUGUUGGCGGGUUGGGGGCUGUUCGGGCUUCCGCUGAGAUCAAGAUCUGA